GAGAGAGAGAGAGAGAGAGAGAGAGAGAGAGAGAGAGAGAGAGAGAGAGAGAGAGAGAGAGAGAGAGAGCGAGCGAAUGAGCUUACGAAUGAGGUACACUAAAGGAUAUCAUAGAUGGGUCGCGGUAUAAGAAAGGUCCAAAACACGAUUGCUAACACUUCCGUUAUCCGCUUGCUUACUAUGCCGCUGUAUUUAGUAAACCCGGUAGCUUAGCAUUCGCUCUCCACCUGGCUCUUCUAUACGGACGUUAUCUCCACGUAAACGGAUAAAAAACACACCAUCAUGGUAGCCGGCGAACUCGUCCAGGAGCACACACGCGCCGAAUCCACCGGCGCACCUGACGACGUCGGAACUAUCACUGGCGGUAAAGCGGCGCACGAGCUGCGCAGCGGACCGCUCGUGCCGAUCGACAAACUGGACCAGUACACGGUCCUCGAGAGCGGGGAUGAAGCGGUGAACCUGCUGAAGGCGCUGAACAGCCGGGCUUCGGAGCAGGAGAUCCCGCCGGAUGAACGAGAGGCAAUGCUGCCAAAAGGAGGAGGAGUAGGAGGAGAAGAGGAAAACGUAAAGAAGGAGAAUAAAUGUCUGGAAACCAAACUGUACUGGCGUCGCUUCGGGGUGCUCGCCAUCUUCAGCCUCUACUCCCUCGUCAACUCGUUCCAAUGGAUCCAGUACAGCAUCAUCGCCAACGUGUUUUGCGACUACUACGGCGUAUCCAGCAGCCAGGUGGACUGGCUGUCCAUAGUCUACAUGGUGGCGUACAUCCCGCUGAUAUUCCCCGCUACGUGGCUCCUCGACAAGAAGGGACUCAAGUUAACGGCGCUGAUGGGCGCCGGCCUCAACUGCCUGGGCGCGUGGGUGAAGUGCGCGAGCGUGAGCCGGGAUCUGUUCGGCGUCACCAUGUUCGCGCAGGUCAUCUGCUCGCUGGCCCAGGUGUUCAUCCUUGGCCUGCCCUCGCGCAUUGCCUCGGUGUGGUUUGGGCCUAAAGAGGUGUCCACCGCGUGCGCCACGGCGGUGCUGGGCAACCAGCUGGGGACGGCUAUAGGCUUCCUGCUCCCUCCAGUGCUGGUCCCCAACACCUCGGGGGACUUUGAGCUGAUGGGUCACAACAUCAAGGUCAUGUUCUACGGGACUGCCAUCAUCGCCAGCGUGCUGUUCAUCCUCACCGUCAUAAUCUUCAAGGACCGCCCAGAGAUGCCCCCCAGCUACGCCCAGGCGGUGCUCCCAGGCAGCCCCCCCGAGGACUACUCCUACAAGCAGUCCAUCAUCAACCUGUUCCAGAACAAGGCCUUCCUCCUGCUGCUGGUCAGCUACGGCAUCAUGACUGGCUCCUUCUACUCAGUGUCCACCCUGCUCAACCAGAUGAUCAUGGCCUGCUAUGAGUCACAGGAGUUGAAUGCCGGCCGGAUAGGGCUGACCCUGGUGGUGGCCGGCAUGGUAGGCUCCAUCAUCUGUGGACUGUGGCUUGACUACACCAAGACCUACAAGAUGACCACGCUCGCGGUGUACAUCCUCUCCUUCCUGGGCAUGGUGAUCUUCACCUUCACACUGGACCUCAAGAACAUCUACCUCGUAUUCUUCACCGCCGGCGUGCUGGGUUUCUUCAUGACGGGAUACCUGCCACUUGGGUUUGAGUUUGGGGUGGAGAUCACCUACCCAGAGUCUGAAGGCACCUCCUCGGGACUCCUGAACGCCUUCGCCCAGAUCUUUGGGAUCAUCUUCACUCUGAUCCAGGGACAGCUGACCACAGCCUACAACCCCCUGGCGGGAAACCUCUUCCUUUGUGCCUGGAUCUUCCUGGGAAUACUGCUCACUGCUCUUAUCAAAUCAGAGCUGAAGAGAAACAACGUCAACAUGGAGGCGGAAGGCAAGCAGCCUCUACCCACUGGGUGUUCUGUGGAGGGGUCCAAGGCGGAGAUGACAACGGCAACCAAGCUGGAAAACUCCAUCAGCUUCUCCCACGAAACCUCUGUCUGACGCCUGUCCUACCCCUUUAGAGAGACAUACUAGACAUGCUCAUGGUGAGAGCACUAAUUUGGGUAUGAGAGGUCACUAAGAGAAAGGACACACUCUCUCACAUAGACAGAUGGAAUACACACAUAGUUGACAUGAUUGUAUUUGCUGACUUUUGUACAGUUGUGAGUGUGAGUUUGCUCGUGUUUCAUUUAAAAAGAGAUUUGCAGGAAGAAAAAGCUACUGUUAGACCAUUAGAAUCAUAUUUCAACAACAGACUCAGAGUCAGAGUGAGUCAGAGUGCGGUAUAAAAUCAACCAAAAAAAGUAAGGAUUGUUAAAGGUUGGGUAUGGGAUUUGCGAAAAGCCAGCAGAUUUGAAAAUAAACAACUCAAAUGGU